AUGAUGCAGUCAGUUGGCAUACAGGGCCACGAGAGGGCUCUGGGCAGCUGGGUGAAGGAUGUGUGUCUCUCUGCAGGUGACGACUCCAUCAGCACCUUGGGCCUGCUCCUCUGCCUGGGACUCUCGCUGCUGCUUGUGUCCAUCCUGGGCUACAGCCUGGCCAAGUGGUACCAGCGUGGGUACUGCUGGGAGGGGCCUAAUUUUGUCAACUUGUACCAAACCCGGAACAUGAAGGAUCUGGAGAUGGGUCCACCCUUCACCAUCAGUGGCCACAUCAGCAGUGCAGAUGGCAGCUACAUGAAGUUCUCCGACGGAUUGGUCUGA